AUUCUGCUCCAUGGUGAAGGAGAUGAUAUCUGAUGGGACAGGAAAUUCUGUGGAGCUGGAGGGGGAGGGAGACGGAGACACACUGGAGUAUGAGUAUGACACCGAUGAGACGGAGGACAGGGUGGUGUUGGGGCGCGGAACCUACGGAGUGGUGUACGCUGGGAGAGACCUCAGCAACCAGGUCCGAAUCGCCAUCAAGGAGAUUCCAGAGAGAGACAGCAGAUACUCGCAGCCGCUCCACGAGGAAAUCGCCCUUCACAAGUACCUCAAGCACAGGAACAUCGUUCAGUACCUGGGAUCUGUUUCUGAGAACGGAUACAUCAAGAUCUUCAUGGAACAAGUGCCUGGAGGUUUUGGACACUCCUUCUCUCCUCUCUCCAGGAAGCCUGUCGGCGUUGCUGCGGUCGAAAUGGGUCCGCUGAAAGAGGCGACGAUAAUCUUCUACACCAGACAGAUCCUGGAGGGGCUCCGGUACCUGCACGAGAACCAGAUCGUCCACAGAGACAUCAAGGGUGAUAACGUCUUGGUGAACACCUACAGUGGCGUCUUGAAGAUCUCCGACUUCGGUACCUCGAAACGUUUGGCAGGAGUCAACCCCUGUACAGAAACUUUCACCGGUACGCUGCAGUACAUGGCUCCAGAAAUCAUCGAUAAGGGCCCUCGAGGGUACGGGGCCCCGGCUGACAUCUGGUCCCUCGGAUGCACCAUCAUAGAAAUGGCCACCGGGAAACCGCCCUUUCAUGAGCUGGGGGAACCACAGGCGGCCAUGUUUAAGGUGGGUAUGUUCAAGAUCCACCCAGAGAUCCCAGAGUCUCUGUCGCUGGACGCCAAGUCGUUCAUCCUGCGCUGCUUUGAGCCCGACCCCCACAAGAGAGCCAUCGCCUCAGACCUGCUCAGAGACAUGUUCGUCAGGCACAACGUGAAGGGCAAGAAGAGCAAGAUCGCCUUCAAACCAUCAGACUACAUCCACAAUGUCUCCCUGCCGGUGCAGUUGCAGUGCGAGGCCACAGGGAGCAGCAGCAGCGAACACGGCUCCGUUAGCCCGGACUGUGACUCCAAACACGAUGUUUUCUUCCAGAAGAAGAAGAGCUCGGGCUCCGAGAACCUGCUCAAACCCCCCAACUCCAACUACCUGAGUGUGCCAGAUGAGGGGUCAGUGUCGGAGGACCGCAGUGCCCCCCCCUCCCCUGAGGACAGGGACGGCGGCCUGUUCCUGCUGAAGAAGGACAGCGAGAGACGUUCCAUCCUCUACAAGGUCCUCAACGACGACCAGGAGAAGGUCAUCUCCAACCUCAAGGAGAACCACAUCCAGGGCAGUGAGGAGCUCCAGCUGUCCGUCGAUCACAUCAAACAGAUCAUCUGCAUCCUGCGAGACUUCAUCCAUUCCCCCGAGCGGCGCGUCAUGGCCGCCACCAUCUCCAAGCUCAAGCUGGACCUGGACUUCGACUCCACCUCCAUCAACCAGAUCCAGCUGGUGCUGUUUGGCUUCCAGGACUCGGUCA